GGGGCCGUUUCGAUGUAGAUUCUUACACCGUUAUCAAGUUGGACUGGUGAUGGUCUUGCUACUGAGGCUGACAACUGUCUUCCACUCCAGCUUGAUAACGGUGUAAGAAUCUACAUCGAAAAAUCGCUAUAUGCAAUAAACCAGGAGCUGUUAUCCAUAAAGUUGAACGUUUUCUCACUUCAGCAAGGGUGCGAAUAUAUGAGUGAGUGUUGUGCAACGCCGCUCUCAUCAAUAGUCCAGUUUUAUAUUUCAGUGAUCAGUACUUAUUCGCGUCUGGACCAGACCUAUCAGUGACUGAAAGCCAUUGCAACGAUCCACGCCAUUAGAGCACAAUGGCGCCAAUCAACCAAGGCACAGAACCUGACAAUCGCUCCAUAUUAGUUGACUCUUACACAUGAGGACGACUGUGGACCUGUCCUCACUCGGAACACCCCGGAGAACACGUCAGUGAAUCUAACAAGCAACAGCAUGGUGCGUUGCAGAUUAUGAUGAUACAGAUCUGGUUCGAGCCACGUCAUUUGAAUCCACGUCACCGAAGUUCUGAAGGGCCAGCCCGCAAUUUUAAUUACGUGUCGUACACUUUCAUUGAGAGCUUUGGACACCAUUAUCGCGAAGAUCUUCUUCACAGUCCACGGCCACAAUCGCCGGUUAGUGUUGUAACAAUGAACGUGGUCGUAUUCCGUAAGCCUCUUGUAUACAUUCUUCUCGGUGCCGCCUUCCUGGUUCUGUUCGGCCGGUAUGUCCGCCCCGGGAGGCUAGUCAUUAGGGCUACAGGUCUCUUCAGUCGCAGUCUGGGGGAUUACUAUGCCAUGGAUGAACACUCUCUAGAGACCCCAUCCGAUGCGGUCGGACCAGCAGAGCUCAACCUGACCAACACAAAUCUACGUAAUCUAACCCAGGUUUCAAGCCUCUUUGCUCAACACAAACAUAAGACUACUGUUAAACCUGUACUCGUUCUGUUUACGACCUGGGACAGUCGCGCUGGCAAUGACACUGCGAAAAGGAAUGUUCUGAAGAACUGGAGCUGGCUGAAGCCUGAGGUCAUUCCAGUGCUACUUACAUCAGACCCAGAUGCAAAAACGGAGGCUUUGCUAUACGGCUGGCAUUCUUAUAAUGUCACCGAGAGAAGCUGUUCGCCCAACUCCAAACCGACCUUAAAGUCUAUGUUCCAAACAAUCACACACCACUACCGCAAUAAAAUUAAACUACAGGCUUUUGCUACUGGUGACAUGUUGUUCGACGAAAGCAUCGUAUCGACCUUCCAGGCUUUCAUUCGUGAUAACCGUGUCACCGCAAAGAAAUCAUUUGCGGUACUUGGGAAACGAACCGAUGUGCUUCUGAAACGUGGAGUUGAGAUGGGUAGUCUCUUAGACGUGCGGCAAAUGUCCCGCCAAGGACAUUUCGCGAAGGACGGGUUAUCGGGACUAUUUGUUACCAACCACAUCUUCCCAUGGGAUCGUCUUCCUGCUGUUAAUGGGGCUCUACCUGGCGUAUUUGAAUGGAUUGGAGUCUUUUGUUCGCAUCACUAUGUCCCUCUUUAUGACAUAACCGCCACUACUCUGUCCGUUCACAUCACAACACAACCAACAGCAGCGCAGUUGAACUUGAUGGCUUGUAAUAAAGAUAUCAUAUUCAAAAGUGGCCCGCAUCCACCGGACAACCACUGUGGACAUACAGAGUGCAUUGCCACGCGCUCGAUGUCGUCCACUGGAGGGCAGAUUCUAUUUCAGGAAUUAUCGGCACUACCAAAGAGCUGUGAUGACUGUUGGAGGUAGUUCGUAUUGCUGUUCGUGUCAGUGUUAGCUCAGGAUGUACACGCCGAUGAUUUCCGAAAGCCACCUGAAUUAACUGACAUGGUCAUACUACGUGAUAAUCUUUAUUGUAAUGUUAAGUAAGAGAAAGGGGAAACGGGCUGUAGCUUAUUGACAUAUCUUAUAUAUACAGUAAACCACGGUUAUAACGAACUCACUAAUUUUAGCUCGUUAUAACCGUAGUUCAUUAUAAUCAUAUAUACAAUAUAUAUACAGCAAAUGCCCGGGACCCCCAAAACAGUACGUUAUAUCAGUCAGUUCGUUAUAAGAGUGUUGGUUAUAAACGUAGUUUACUGUAAUUUGUUUCCCAAUAAUGUACUUUCACGAAUUCUCGGGGCGGUCGGGUAGCCCAGUGGUCAAAGCGUUCGCUCGUCACGCCGAAGAUUCGGGUUCGAUUCCCGACAUGGAUACAGUGUGCGAAACCUAUUUCGCCGUGAUAUUGCUGGAAUAUUGCUGGGAUAUUGCUUAACCAUACACGUGCAGCACACACCUCACACAUCAAAGUUCUUAUGCACAUCUGUCGUGAUGCAAGGUGAAGACCAUGAGAUGCAAUAACGAAGUCUAAUGGACAAAUAUGUAUUUGCUUUGAUCUUUGUCUCGGGUUUCCGGAACCUUGUUCAAAUAUAUGUUUCAACGUGACAGUUUUAAUGUCAUGCCCUGUUUCGAAAGAACAUAAAAGGUCAUUAGCAUAGGUUCAGUUAAGAGUUCAAACUUGGAAAACCUGAUAUUACAAAGAGAAGUCCAUGUUUUAUGUUGGGGGCUGGCUUUAAGAACAAUCCAAGCGGUUUUUUAGGUUUCUAAAAAUCAACUUUAAACACCUUAAUACGAAAACGUCCUAUUUCAUUUAACUUAUCGUCAUUUUCGACUAGACUAAAUCAAGAAAUAACAUGGACUGUGAAACAUUAUGACUUUUGUCCAUCUUUUGACUUGGCUAUAGGUAUCGAGUCCUGGUCCAUUUCGAUUGCUUUAGAAACUCACCGGUGUAUGGUUACGAGUGAUUAUUAUUAAGAUAGAAAGUUGCAUGAUCCAUGGUGUAAGACAAUACUCUUGUGUGUUCGGCAGAAUGUGCCAACCAAGCCGUGACAAGCGGUGGCCGGAGGAGGCCAGGCGCAUAUCGGUUCCUGUAGUGAGUGAGUGAGUGAGUGAGUGAGUUGGGUUUAACGCCGCUUUUAACAGUAUUCCAGUUAUAU